AUGUCGGUAACUCUCCACACGACUCAUGGCGACAUCAAAAUCGAAGUCUUCUGCGAAAGCGUCCCCAAAACCGCAGAGAACUUCCUCGCCCUCUGCGCCUCAGGUUACUACGACAGCUCCCCCUUCCACCGCCUCAUCCCCAACUUCAUGAUCCAAACCGGCGGGCCCGCGCACCCCACCCCUGAAAACCCCAAAGCCGGCCGCUCCAUCUGGGGCGGCACCUUCGCCGACGAGCUGCGGCCCGGCCUGCGCCACUCGGCCCGCGGCGUCGUGUCGAUGGCCAACAAGGGUCCCGACACGAACGGGUCGCAGUUCUUUAUACUGCUCGAUAAGGCGCCGCACCUGGACGGGUUGAAUACCGUGUUUGGCAAGGUUUUGGGGGAUGAGAGUUUUGCGACUUUGAAGAGAAUGGAGGAGGUGGAGGUGGAUAGGAAGAAUAGGCCGAAGGAGGAGGUGAGGAUAGAAAGUGUGACGAUUCAUGCGAAUCCGUUGGCGUCGUGA